AUGUUUUAUAAAUAUAAUUAUAUGAAAAAAAAUUCUAUUAUGUUUUUCACAAAAAUAUGUAUUUCUUAUAUUCUAAAACGUUUUCGAACAUUAUCAUUAUUAAAAUUGAUUAUAUUAAUAAUAAUUAUUUUUUUAUUUUCAAUAUAUAUUCUAUUUUUUAAUAAAAAUCAUCAAUUAUGUGAUCCUGCUGAACAAUUAUCAUGGUUUUGUCCUUGGCCAGAUCCUCAAACAACAGUUUGUACUUGGGAUGAUCAUUUUCCAACAAUAACAGAACGAGUUCGUUCUCCUGAAUCAUAUGAAGAAUUCUUUUCAUCACUUCCACGAAUUCAAAAUCCAUUUGAAUAUAAUAAUUUAACAUUAAUAGAAUGUCAUGAACCAUCAAUAGAUAUAUUAAUAUUUGUAAUAUCAAAAUGUUCUCAUGCAUCAAUUCGUCAAUCAAUUCGUCGAACAUGGGGAAAUACACAAUUACUUAAAAAAUAUUUUCCUAAUAUUGAAUUAAAAUUAUUAUUUUUAGUUGAUAUUGAUUCAAAAUCAGAAAAAAAAAUUGAACUUGAAUAUAAAUAUCAUAAAGAUAUAGUACAAGUAAAUAAUCUUCCUGAACAAUAUGAAUAUGUAACAGAACGUGAAGCAGCAUUAUAUGAAUUUAUUAAAUUACAUUGUAAACAAACAAAAUUUAUAUUUAAAACAGAUGAUGAUAUAUUUAUAAAUACAUUUUUAUUAUUAUUAUUAUUAUCAUCAAAAAAUAAUUUUCAAUAUUUAACUAAUAAUAAAACAAUUUAUUCAUUAUUUGGUUUUCCAAUAGAAUAUGGUUUAGUUGUUCGUCAUGGUAUUGAUCAAAUUGGUCAAAGAUAUGUUAUUACACAAGAUGAAUAUUCAUGUUCAAGAUAUCCAACAUUUUUAUCUGGUUUUGGUUAUUUAAUGUCAUUUAAAACUUGUUCUUUAUUAAUAAAUGCAUAUCAAACUGAUUCAAAACCAUUUCCAUUAUCAGAUGUUUAUUUUACUGGUUUAUUACCUCAAAUGAUGAAUAUUCAAAGACAAACUAUUUUUCAAAAUGUUGAUUAUCGUUAUCAAACAAAAUGUAGUGAAGAAUUUUUUGCAUCCGAAAAUAAACCACUUGCUUGUGCUGCUUCAUCAGAUCAUUUUAAUGGAAAAGAAUCAAAUGGAUAUAAAAGUUUUAUGAAUGAUUAUAAUUUAUAUUGGACGAAACUAAGAAAACAAUAUGAUUCAUUAAGAACUAAUCAUCGAGAUUAA